AUUACAAAACCAAGAUUUUAUUUAAAAAUUGGACCCGUAUCUGGGUUACUUGCAUCACCUCAACCAAUUAAAUACGUAGUAUGGUUUGCAGAUUAUAAUUUACCCAGGAUUUCAGCACUGGUUUGGGAUUUCAGCACUGGUUUGGGAUUUCAGCACUGGUUUGGGAUUUCGGCACUGGUUUGGGAUUUCGGCACUGGUUUGGGAUUUUGGCACUGGUUUGGGAUUUUGGCACUGGUUUGGGAUUUUGGCACUGGUUUGGAUUUUGGCACUGGUUUGGGAUUUUGGCACUGGUUUGGGAUUUUGGCACUGGUUUGGGAUUUGG